GUCACAAGACUCACAAGUAACCUCUAAAAUUCCACAAUGCAUUCGAUUUGCUAGAAACAAGGUUGCAAGUACUCUUCCGAAUAAUUAGAUCGAAUAAUUUGGACAAUAAAAAUAUAUUCGGAGUCGUGAUACAGUGAAAAAGCAGAGGAACUUGCUAUUGACAGUCCAUAAUUAAGAUUAUGUUUGCCAAGUUGUUUGUUACUGGUGAGAGCAUUCGCAGUGAAGGAGAGAUGGCUGUGAUUGGAUCAGCAGAACAUUGCUCCCUACAACUCAAGCAACCAGUCAAACUGCCCCCUUUCUCUCCAAUUUUGAUUGAUAAAUCGUCUACCAUUCACUUUGGCGAAGUCCAGGGAUUCCUCACAAUUCACCAGAGAACACGUCAUCGGAUCCUAGCUAAUACCUGGUUGCUCGGAAAAUUGAAUCCAAAAGUUUGCUGCAAAUCCUGUCGAAAGGUUCGGUUACCAUGUGUGGACAAUCUGCGAGGGAAAGGAAAUAAACGUAAACUGAUAUCAGACUCCAGUGAUGAAUCUAAUGGAGAUGAGAGUAACCUUUCGUCAAGAGAAAUACCAGUCAACAAGAGAAGGAGAUGCGAAUAAAAAAAGUUUUUCAUAUCUUAAGAGCAAAGUAUAAUGAAAUUCAAUGAAUUGAUAUAUGUCAGUAAUUCACGUAUUGUUCACGGGAAAUUUAUAUCAAUUAUUUUCCCAUCUCAAUUUACAAGAGUGGUAUCAUGUAAUAAUUAACUAAAAGCGAAUGAUUUCCUAAUAAAAUCAUGAUAAGUAUAAUCUCA